AUGACCAUUUCACAAGUGACUCAUGACUCUAUGACCGAAUUUCAAGCGAAACCUGUGGAGGAGAACAUAGACUAUGCAGCAUUGAUGCAUCAUAAACUGCAUCUAGAGAGGAAGUUGGAACAACAAAGACAUUUUACACAACAACUACAUCUGCUCUAUGCCGAAUUGGGAAAGAGCCACAAUUACGACGAAUUUAUCAAUGUAUUGACCGAGAAUAGACCGCUACUCCGUGAAAUAUUUACCCUAGAGGGUUCCAAGAUGAGAAACAGGACGUUGAAGCAGAAAGUGGACGUAGAUUGGAGUAAAUACGGAUUGGAUAUUUCCGAAUACAUAUGUGACAAUGAGGAAUUAUGGGGCCUCUUUGAAGAUGGGUUAUUGUAG